UCGCCCAGGAGGCCAUUACGCAGGAGGCCAUCGGCGUCGCGCCCAGGAGAUAGCCACCAACGAGGAUGCCGAAGCACGGCAGAUACUGUGAAGAAGCACUUCGACGACUUGGGGCCCAGCAGUGUGUGUGGGUGUGCGUGUUUUCUUUUCCCCCCCUGAUCAUUCGGACAACCGGACAUGACCCUGCCCAACCGGACUGUCCGCCCCCGGUUGGCCGGUUCGAUGUCCGGUUAAUCGGACGCCCGGCUACAUCAAGUCGCGGAUGGAUGUCCGGGCCCGGGACAACCAUGGUUUUCAGACCCUCACCAAGGAAGCCAUAACCCUUGGGUACAAGGAUACCGUCCAUGGCGUUGAGGAUUGCAACGAGGCAAAGCUGACUCUGGUGUCGGACAACACCCUCUGGACAAAGCAGAACAUAGUCCUGCAGAAAGACGCGGUCUGCAAAGGUCUGAGGGCCGUGAACAAUGCAGCCAGUCGCAAACGAAAGACCUGCCAUGUCUAUGGGGUCCCUUUGUCGGGACCGGCAUUGGCAAAACCCGGCUUUUACCCCGAGCAAAAGCACUGCGGUGAGGAACAGCGGAAAAAGUGGUUUGAGGGUUUAUCACAGUGCAAACGACCCCGUGCAUUGUCAGAACAUGUACCCUCAGGUGUGCGGAAGGGCAUGUUUGAGGCCCUUUUUCAUCACAAUGUGUCCUUCUUGCGUGCAAUGUGGUUCGUCAAAGUUGUGUACCUUAAUGUCGUACGCCCACCCACUGGAUUGGCAAGCUCGGUGGCAGAUAAGGCACCAGGCCGUAGCAAGCGGAUGGAGGUGUGGACAAGGGACCUCAUAAGCUUCAUGGAUACCAUGCUGGAGUGCGCAUGCAUGCCAACCGGUGGCAGCAGCAGCCAGGGCAUGAAGUCUGCGUCUGGGGGCCUACCCCACCAGCCGAUAAUCCCAGUCGUCGUUGGGGGUGCCAAAGGAGGGGGUGUUGAUGUCUUGUCACUAAACCCCUCGACGAGCUUGCUAGGCAGCCAACAGGGUUCGUCUUUGAGUGUGACGACGACAAGUCAACCAGGCAUUGGUGGCUCUUCCCCCCCUACCGGUAGUAGAUCAGAUAUCCAUGCCAAAUGGCAUUACUGGGUUCGGCUGAUUGGAUGGCAGUACAACGAGGGUAUGAUCAAUAGAGCCAUGCUUGCUGACUGGCUGUUGAAGCAGCUUCAGGAGAGGAAGUCGCUGGAGUGCUGGGAGUUGCUCAUACCCCUUGUGCUUGUGAUGGUGGAGGGCGUGGCCCUGUCACAAUUGCACCUGCGAAUGUUGGUCGACUUAAUCACGAUCUGGCUGAAGGAGAACUACUCUGUGUGUGGAGAUGGUCUUCGCGCACCCCCCCCCCCCCCCCCCCCAUCCAGAAGACUGCAUACUCUCUGUGUUUCGCUGAUCGAGCUCCUCCGGUACUUGAUUGUAUCCGUACCUGACUCCUUCGUUGCAUUUGAGUCCUUUCCCAAAUGUGUGCCAAUUGCAAUUGCGCAUGACAAUCCAACUACCGGUAGCGGGACCAUGAAGUCUCCCGGUGAUCGGUUUCGGCCUGUAGUUCACGACAACAGGGCGGCAGGCUGUGGAGUUCACUGGCUGUCAAUGAGUCAAAAAGCUGCGGGUGAGAGCACAGCCAAAGCAUGGGAGCAGCCGCCGGAGGGAUGGAGGGAACCUGUGUGCGGAGAGGUGAUCAAAUGUGUGAAGGAACGAGCUGGAUUGCUCGCGUCGGCGGUAAACCCGGCGGUACUGCGUAACAAUCUAGUGAUGGCGGUUCAAGCGCUGGAACGUGCGCUGCAGACUGGGGAUCUCAUAUCUGCGUGCAAGAGUGUGGAGGACACCCUUCAUGGGCAACUUAUGGGCUCCACAGGGUGGGAGGAUGCCAAGAAGGGUCUGGUGACAGACGACCAAGUGGUGCAGUUCAUCUGUGAAUGGGGUGUUUCUGGUCUUGGGCACAGUGGGUGGGGCCCAACGUCGCCCCCUCCACGUUGUGGAAGGGUCGUCCAUGGAGAGGGAGAGGAUAAGGCAAGGGUGUACACAGCAGUGUCGAUACUUAGAUUGAAAAUGGAGGACCUGAGGUGUUCAGGAUAUGGAUUGCAAGGGGGGGAUGGUGUGCAGGGUGGGGCGGGAAACGCACCAGGGGAAAUGACUCAUGAGAUGGUCUUUCGGUGGCUCGAUAACCACGAGCCAGAAGGGGGAGCAGGGGACUUGAACCUUCACCUGUUGAUUGCAGAAUUGGCCCAGGAGGGUAUGUUUUUCCCAGACCUCUAUUUGCAUAAGUUGAUCUCUGAGGGUAUUCUUGACAAGCAGAGGACGGUGGCAGAACGAUCCAGAGCUUGGCGGCAUUAUCUAUAUUUGAGAGAAAUGCUGAUAACAGAGGAUCUAGAGCAGCCCAGCUGUGUGGGUGGGGAGGAUGGAGAGGGCCAAGAUGAUUUGCAUGGUGGGCGCCUCAGAUCUGCUGCUGCUGCUGCUGCUGCUGGCACCAAUCCUCCUGAGACUAUGGCCUUUUUGUGGGGUAAGCAGGAGGAGCAGUCGAUUCGGGCUAAGGCCUUUCUGAACGAGUGUCACUUUGUGCUCCACUAUUUUUGGGGAAAGCGACGUAAACAAUUGAACAGGACACGGAAAGAUGAGGAGGAAUAUUAUAUCCAGAAGGAAGAGCAUGAGGGGGGCCAAGUUUUCCCCGCCAUGAUUGAGGAGAGCGAUUACUUGACAGUGCGAAAACAUAGAGAGAGAAUUGAGCGUGUAAAGGCGGCUGUUGCGGACAUGCUUCAUCUGCCUCCUGAGGCAGGAACAGGUGAGUGGUGUCGACGUGACGGUGCAAGUUCAGAGGGGGGCGGGAAAUCAGAAGGCGCAGACGCAAAGAGGAAAGAAACCGGUGCUGCAGGCGAGGACCAGCUCCACGGAGGCGGUAAUUUGUUGAAAAAGAAGACCACCUUAGGAGCAGCAGACACAACGGAUAUGAAAAGGAGGAGGGUGCAAAAGCACAUAGACUCGGAGACACAGAUUGACAGGGCAGGUGCUGCUAUCCGCGGAGGAGAUGGCUGUGCAGAUCUCUGUCCUGUGGACAUAAUAACAGAUGAAGAGGAGCUGUGGUGGUUGAAGCGGUCCAGUAAGACAAGGCAGGAGCCCAAUGGUGGCAAUCAACAGGUUACAUCUGUUACAUCUCCAGAUUAUGAUGCCACCAGGAGAAAGGAGGGUGGGGGUGGUGAUUUCGUCAGUCAGGGCAGUGAUACUGCAUUGCCAGGUUACUGCGGACGGGUGAAUGAAAGUGAAAGCGGCUCGGAGAAUCUCUAUCAUCGUUGUGGUGCGCAGUGGAACGGGGAUCAGGUUCAGGACAGAGGAACUAGUGGUGCUAGUACGUCUGUAACCGCGCAUAUUGCGUCUGAGGGCCCGAGCAGGUUAGGUUGUUCCAGUGGUAAGGCUGCUUCCAUUAGCCUGGAAACUCGUCGACUGAGCUUACGAGACAAGAGAAAGGUGUCUAGAUGGCUAGAUGGUGUAGUGAGGAAGCUUCUCGGUGGCAGCAUGCGGACCGACGGGAGUGGGGAUGGGAAUGAGGGUCAGAGCGCGAGUGGGUGGAGCGCACACGAAGCAGCAGGAAGGUGGAGAUUAACGGAAGAGGAAUUUACUGGGAUCUUGUUCGUUUUCGAUAUUUGUCAGGACUACAGGUUGCUCGUUCAUUUUCUUCUUCGGCUCUUAAGGAAUCCCUUGUUGCUGCACGGCACGCUGGCCAAACCACCCUCUGGGACGAGUGGGACACCUGGGAAAGACAGAAUGGGCCCGUCCUUGUUGUGCAGAUCCUGCAUCGGUGAGCUUUCUCUUGUCGCCGGGCUAAGGCGGUAUGAGAGCAUGGUGGUUGCCAUGAAUCUCCUUCCCGACAUGUUUUCGGCUGUCAUGGUAAGGGCCGUGGAGUUGACGUCGGCGUCGGCCUUGAGUCAGCCGGGCAAUGGACCGCUGGGGGCAUAUGCACAGGAUUUGCUGAGCAGGUACAAGGAUAUUGUGACAUUAGGUCAUUGCGAAGGAAGGUGGAGGUUUCAGCUUGACCAUUGGGUUUUAGGGGAUGCCGGGUCCCUCAGGUCAGGUGAUAGUGUGAAUGUAGAUACAGGCACAGAUGUUCAUGGGAUUCCCAGGGGGGACAAGAUGAGGGGUCAGUUGCGGAAGUUGGCGAACAGCAUUCUGCAGUCUUUCAGGCAGGUUGUGCAUGUGGCAAAGGGCAACCUGGUGGGGAUCGAGCGGGAUGCAGAGCUGGGGCUCAAAGAGAACUUGGGUCGGGCAGAGUUAGAGAAGUUGCGAUUCAAGACUAUGAAUCGCAUGGACGGAGUCAGGGAAGUAGCCAUGCAGGUUGCAAAUGCUAUACAGAGUUUUCAAAGUCAGAAUCAGCACCCUCAGGGAGUGUACAUCAUGGCUGCGGGAACCGCUCUGGUGAUUAGCACAGUUAAUUGUGCGGUUAGCAUGCUGCAGACGUUGGAGUUGGGGGGCGGGUUGCAGAAAUACGCUCAGACUGCUCGAUGUGCCCACCGGAUGAUCCAAAUGCAUGUCCAGUCCUUGGCGAUGGUCAAGGAGGUGUUGGGGCCUGGACUGACGCCGGCGAUGGAGGAUGCGGUGAUUUCAGAGGUUUUAGUCCAGAUACAUUCUGCAUUUGGUGCUGGUGGAAGAGGAGUGAUACGUGGAGCGCAGCAGGAUUCUUCGGCGGGGGGAGCGAACACACCGGUGAGUGCAGAGACAGCAAUAAGUGCAGGCGGUGGUGGCAGGGGGAAGCAAAUGAUGAUGGCUGUGGGAGCUGCUGCCUUUAUCGUGAUGGCGAUUGUGGCAGGGGUUCUAGAUUGGGAAAAGGUGAUUUACUCUCUCAGGAUUAGCGAGGGCUUGGAUCAACUGCAGCGAGGACUAACAGGAUUGCUGUCGACGGCGAGUUGUGGUGCAGGAAGCAAGGAGUCAUCUUCUAGAAAUGAGAAAACUGCGGCAGAAGUAUCAUUGUUCUUGCUUCGUGUGCUGGUGGGUGAUUGCGCAGGUGUGUCGGAGGGGAUGGUGGGCGACGUUGUUGGUGCUGCAGAUUUGGUGGGAUUAACUCGUGUACAACGAUGUGCUAACCUGGAGGUUGUCAUACGAUUAGGCUAUAAAUUGUUUUCCGCAGUCAUUGGACCGCAGAAGGGUCUGGUUCAUAAGAACUGGCCGGAAAAGGGUGGGUUUUGGGAAACGCUGAGCGGUAUGGCGAAUGCGGCUAUGAGGGAGCUCAUCGGACAUCCUCCAUUUCGAGAGGUCUGCCUAAGGGACUCCAGCGUGCUGUACUCCUUGCUCUCGAAAGAAAUUUCACCAGAAGUGGAGAUUGCAGAGUUUCUUGACGCAAACAAAAUUGUGGACAACGCACACCGGGCGUUUAUGCUCGUCCCUUCAACCUUUCGACUCUUCUUUUCUGCAUUGCGCGACCAAAAAAUGCCGUGCCAGCAGGGAGAUAAAUGGGUCUUUGCAGGGAAUCCUCCACCAAUUGGCGAUCUGGGUGGGAGGGAUGACAGUGCCAUCUCCCUUAAGCUCCCUGAGCUGGUGCAAAUCCUGGAUAAUUUGCAGCUUGGAUCAUUUGGGUUGCAGUGGGUGGAACUAAGGCUGCUUCUGAAUGAACAGGUGGUGCUUGAGAAGCUAUCUAUGGGUGCAACGGCUGGCGAAGCAAUCCAAGCUGCAGACACGGCGCAGUGCAAGGCGUCCCUCACGGAUUGCGAGAAGGUAUUCAUCCAGGCUGUGGUGUUGACAAGGCUGCUGACGCGUCCGGAAGCGGCCACUCUCUACAGCGAAGCAGUGCGUUUCCUUGGUCGCGCCCUCGAGGAGCAGCUCAUCUCGAAUGUGAAGUCGACCGUUUUGGAGAAUCUGGAUCACCUCCUUGGGAGAAGAUCACUCUGCCAGGUGCUUUGCAACACCAUAGAAAGAUUUGGUCUUACGAGCAUGAUGCUCAGUAACGCACAUCUCCACCCCAAUCGCCUUAAGAAGAGCAUGCUAAGCUGGCAAAGUCGCAAAGCGUGUUCAGGUAGCAGAAGAAAGAGAGCGUGCAGUGCCGAAAACUCCAAGUGUUUGGAACAUAAAGAGCUCCAGGCUUCCAAGAGAAGGCUAGAAAAUGGGUUGAAAUCUGUACCAUUCGCUGCAGAAAGGGCGCUUGCAGAGCUGGUCCUUCCACGGCUGGCGAGCAACUCCUCUACCGAAGGUCUGAACAACAUACUGAAUGACCUGAUCAAGCAGCUGCAUAGCUUGGAGCAACAUAUCAGCCAGCUGAGCAGGGGGAUUCUAAGUCAGGGAGUGGAUGCACAAUGCCCUAAGCCGAGUGCAUGGUGUGGCAGUGAGGUAUAUGCUGCGGAGAGCUCCGGCCUUGGCCAGGCAAGGAGGAGGAUAGUGCCCUCACAGAAUGUCAACGUCAGCACGGGUGCGGGAGCUGUUGCUGUGUCUAAUGCUGCUGCUGCUCUGCAACCAUCAAUUUGGCUGCGGCUUGGAUUUCUUCUUCCACUUUUACCGUUUGUGUACGCGCGGGACCCAUGGAACAUGCGACAUAGCCUUGCGCAUGCCCUUCUACGUCUCCUUGCGACCGGUGUUGUGCAAGAGUCUAUGUUCCCCAGCCUAGCCAGCAACGAUUGCGUGUUGCUGCAGUCAAAUGGAGGUUUCACACUUUCUCAAGCAGGGGGAGCAAACACACUUGAAGCAUCAGCUGCAGCAACUGCUGCAAUUGCCACCAUGGGCGAAGGCUUGUUUGAGCGGCUGCUGAGCGUGUUUCAUGCACUGCUGAGCAGUGUGAUGCCAGGAUGGCUUAAGCCAAAAAAGAAGGAAAAGGGAUCUAAGGUUCGGGCGUUUGAAAGGGAAAUUGCGGAGAAGAUGCAGCAAGAUCUCGAGAGAUUCAAGCUACCGCGGUCGAUUCACAAUUGUAUACAAGCAGCUUUGCCAUGCUUUCCUCUACAUCCGGCACCCAGAGUGUGUGCAGCUCCUGGAAUCCUUCCCAGUCUUACAUCAACACAGGCGUUUCCCAUUGUCACCGAGCCACAAGUAUCGCUGAGUCCGUGUGCGCACGAUGCACCGCCGACUCACGGAAUGACAGCUGCUCAGCGCGCUCUGUUCAUCUCUCAGUGCUCUGCCGGUGGGACUCCGAGAGCAGCGUCAGUAUCAGCAGCAGAUGUAGGGUCUUCUGGAGACUGCGAAGUAGAAUUGGACCCGUGGCUAUUGUUGGAAGAUGGGGUAGCCUCAUCUUCCUCAGUGAUUGGUGGGCCUUGGGGGUCAUCGUCAGGAGCUGGAGACAGAGGGAACAUAAAGCCCUGCCACUGGCUAAAGGGUGCGGUUAGAUUCAGCAGGAUGCAUUUGACUUACGCCGGGUUCGUCGAGGACGCAAAUACAUAAUUCGCUUUGCCUGUCUCGUGUUUCUUUCUUUUCCACUAUUUCCCACUAUUUCAUUCUUUCUUUUGUAGAAAUGGAGGGAAGGUGUGUUUUGUCAAAAGGGGUUGGAAGGAGGAGGAUUUGUUCCUGCUUCAGAUCUUCAAUUGAUCCGUCCUUCUGCCUGUCUAGGAGCUGCACAGUGAAGUUUGAGGUGUGGAUGUAACACCCUGUCGGGGCAUUUCUAUUAGGCCCAUCAGACUACCGCCUGAUGAUCUAUUAUUCAUUAAGCUGGGAUUCAACAUUUGUUGAUGUCACUAUAGUCUCCUCUUGCCUCCAAUCAUCCGAGAGCAUUUUUGGAUGUAUCUGCGGUUUAUCGAUUAGCUGCUGCGGUGACGGCGUCCUUGAAUAAGUGGUGCUAGUGUGUUAUGCUAGCAUGAGCUCAUUUCGCAUGUCAUUCGUGUCCUUGUCAAUAACAGACCCCACUGAACAUCGUACCACUUUUGCCUCGUCCCCUGUAGAAGUAACUGCUUCAUUCGACUUGCUGAAUUCUGGAUCCAAUAAUAAUGCCUUAUGUGACCAAGAGGUUCUAGCAUUC